AUGCCUUCCAUAAAGCUGCAACCUCGCUGCUCGAGUCCGGCAAAAGCAACUGAGACCGCCUCAGGUCCGAACAACCCCCUCCCAGCGCUCCUCCAGACACCCUCAGGCCUAGCCCUUCUUGAACUCCAAGGCACAAUCAAUAUUCCCUCAGGAAACGAAGAAGAUGACCACAUGAUUGACUCAUCUAAGGACAUUGAUCCAGCCUCCAUCUUCGAAACCCCGAUCGGAAAACUCAUGUUCCCAGACUAUUCAGUCCAUAAUCCGGAUGACACAAAAUGGAUGAAGCGCGCCUACCUAUAUGUGGGCCGCUACCAACGGAUGACGGGAGAAGUCAAGAAACUCCCACGACCAAUCGCUGUGCUGCAGAAGCGUCGAGCUUCGGAGGACGAGGAACUGGAGGUUGUGGAGAUUGUGCGCUAUAAGAUCUUCUUCAAGAGUCGGCCAGAGCCCGUUAAUAAUGUUUGA